GCCCGGGAGCCGAAGCAGAGCUAGAAGGAAAAUGAUGAAAAUGUUACCUUUUUUCCAAAGUGGUCCUAUUGGAAUACGCAAUGGAUCAGAGGGUUGCAUUGGUGCAAACAGGCAGCUUGAAAACCCUUCAACAUCAGUAGCUGAGCAAGUCCCUGCGUGUCCUGAACCUUCUGGAAACGAGAUCUGGUCCAGGGACCAGGAGAAGAUGAGUGAAAGGCCAGAGGCAGCCUGCAGACCCUCACGUGCAUCUUCCAUCACGAGCACUGGGAGCUGCACCUCUGCUGGGGACAGCCCUGAAAAGGGGAAGAAAGGAAUAAAGGGAAUCCUUACGAGUGCACUUAAGAAAAUGAAAAAGAUCAAGCCACCCAGUGUCAAACAAGUCAUGGAUCUCCUUGAAGAGAAGAAGCUUUGUGACGCUGCUCAGCAUCUGAUUGUCCUGGAGAAGAGCCUGUGUAGCAAAAGUGAGGAGGGACUGAACACCAGCCAGCAAGAUGUCGAGUCCGUCUACGAAGUUCUGAAGCACAAAGUCUUCAGCAUCUUGAAAGACUCCAUACUGCUAGCGAAAACAAACCCAGAACUGCUGCAGCAGGCAGUAGAAGCACUGAAAGAGCAGGAGAAAGAAGAUCAGAACUACACGUCAGAGAAUCCCCCUGACCAAAACAUGCAAUUUAGACCUAGAAAAUGGAAAGAGCUUUGGAUGGCUACAGUAAAGGAGUCGGUAGAGACUCGAAUGAAAGACACGAGCCGUACUCCUAGAACUGAGAACCUCUCUACAGUUGGCCAGAACCUCCUGCACAUGGGAAAGACAAUGAAAGAAGAUUUGACAGUAGUUGUAAAGUACAUUAAACAGCUUUAUCCUCCUGAGUUUAAUGUGUUCAGCACAUAUGCAGAACUCUACCACAAUUAUUUUGCCUCCCAGGCGAAGAAAAAUGCUGAAUCUCAUCUGGAAGACAAGGAUAUCUACCUCCUCCUCUCAUGGGUGCAUAACAUUUAUCCAAAAGAUAUGAGAAAAGAUCAUAUUUUAGCAGAGGAGUUGGAAAAAGUUAUGCUUGGAAGCCUUUUGCCAUCAAGUCUGAGCAAAGAGCUUGAAAAGAAAUACCUUGACAGUGAAGAGGCUACUAUCAAAAAUUCACUGAGCAAAUGUUUAGAUAAAGAAAUCCAAAGAUGGAAAGAAGACAAAGAACCAGAGAAACUAAACGGGCAUUUUCAGAGUGAACUACUAGCAAUAUUUGUUAUCCAGAGUAUCUACAGCGGCCAGAAGCGAGCCAAGGACAUCAGCGUAGCAGUGGGCGAGGAGCUGUCGCAUCGCCUGUCGAAGGAGCUGCCUGCCUUCCUGAAAAGCUACAAGGAUGCUUUUGAAGACUUUAAGGAGAAAAGCAAGAAGCACAGAUACUACAAGCCUAUACUGAUUGCAAAUAUUAACAACUGCUGGAAUUUUAGAGACUACGCAGAGAAAAACAUGGCAGAAAAGGACGACAAUAAAGCCAGUAUCCUCAGCACCCUCAGCGACAUUGAAAACAGUGGCUUUGACGUGCUGCUUCAGCAGCUGUUUGCUCAGCUGAAGCCAAUUUUUAAGAAGUUUACAGAAAAUAAGUGGGACUGCAGCAAUGAAAUUAUGAACGAGAUCAUUAAAACCACCAGCAAACAUAUUUCAGACUUCCGGACCCUAAAGGACCCUUUCUACCAUGCUAUCAUGGAGAAGAUCCAUGCCUGUUUGGUUAAAGAGUACAUCGUGAGGCUGCUGAAGAGGAAAGUCGGCCUGAAAACUCCAGUGCAACAGCAAAACCUGGCCCAAAACAUCUCCAAGAACGCUGCCGACCUGGAAGCCUUCUGCACCAGCAAUGGGUCUCAAGCCACAUGGCUGAAUUCGGCGCUCCCCAAACUGGCUGAAAUAAUCCGACUUCAGGAUUUAGGUGCUAUUAAAAUUGAAGUUGCAACACUCGCCACGACAUACCCAGAUAUCCGCAAAAGGCAUCUGGAAGCAUUCCUGUACAUCAAAGCCAAUUUGUCACGCAGCGAACUCAAAAGCAUCCUGGGCUACUUGGCAGACAGCACAGCAUCCACGCCGCCCAGGGCCCCGCUCUUCUCCAACAUAAACGUGUCCUAGGCCAAGCACCCCUUGGCACCUGCCUUGUGCCGGACUGUGGGCUAAGCCAGGGAUGGAGACCACCCCCUGGAGCGAUGCACAGCGCACACUGCCGCCUUUUCCUACGGAAAGUACUUUGUCCUAAUCUGGUGCUCAGCAUCUCUAUGGGAAUCACUGUCCUCCACGCACAGCUGGGAAAAGGGGGCACCCAUGGGGGGAGCAGUGCUUGCAAGGACCAGGGCUCCUCCUCGCAGCAGUCAGAGACUCCCUCCAAGGUCUCCUAGGUGCCACGACGUUCUCUGCCCGGACACUGCCCUGGUGCUCUGACCUCCGUCUACCUCACAGGGUGCCGCGAAGGCCACGUCACUGACUCCCCAGCUAGCCCAGACUGAGCAGGCACCUCCUGUGUAGCUUUUUGUCUUCUAAGGAAACGAAGGGAAACAAAAACUGAAGCCAAAAUUUAGAGAUGUUGGAAAAGUCCCACGUGAGCAUGCUUGCACCCCAUCUGCCUUCCUCUGAGCCGGGCAGGGGCAGCUACAUUAGGCUGAUGGGAGAGGCACCAGGUUUUGGGUCAGGAGAAGCUGUUGCUCAGCCAUGGCAGGACUCUGGCUGUCCUGCUGCGCUGCAGCACCCCCAGACCUGGGGCUUGGAGUGGCCCCGGCUGCACGCUCUGCCCCACGCAGCAGCAUUGCCCAGAGGCAUCGGGGUUUCCGAACCGGCCCCGGAGAGCCCUGGCUGGCCCCACAGCAGCAGUCCAGUGUGUGCUUCCUUCACCUCCGUGAGGUGGGAGCACCUGACCCCCCCCGGCAGCUGCCAGCCCCUCUGCAGUGGCCCCGUCCAGUGCGUCUGCACUGGAGUGGCACCCUGCUAACGGAGAGUUAGGAGCAAGCUGCCUAUUGGAAUGGAUCAUGUGGGCUAAGCCCCGGCAUCUAGUAAAGCACUUUGGAUGUUGCUUAAGCCUUCCCUAUUGAGGCAACGACUUUUCCAGACCCCAUUAACAUCAUGGGCUUUGAAUGGGUGGUAGAACUGGUCUCAAAUGCCAGUAAAACAUGCUGAGCACCCUAUAUGCAUCACCGUUUCCUUGCUCACUCUUUCCCCUCUUGCUGUGAGGUAGACAUGAUGUGAAAACACAAAUGGGUCUGUUGUGAAACCAUGCUUUGUUUUAGAGCCCAGGUUUUUGGGAAGUGAAUCACUUGCCAAAACAACAAUGUGUUUAGUUGAAGACCUUUCCCUUCUGUUUUUCUCUAUUGCAACUUCUGCAUCAGGCUGUAGAAAGUCAGUCCGGAAGGAAGACGCAUAAUGACUGUGCAAACCAUGUAAUGUAUUUAUAUGCAUAUGCAGUAUACCAUUGGUGUAUUUUUGCAUCCAAUUUUAUUUUUUCUCAGUUAGAGAUUUCAUUUGCAAUGUUUAUAUUUAAACAGUAUUCAAAUAUGCUAGAAAAGUGACUCAUUUA